GAUUUACACCAACUCUAAACGCAAUCUUAAUAAUUUUUCAGACAACGGCGUAACCAGCAAAUAAGCCCUCGUCUCAGGAGAGAUAGGACUCCAGGAACAAAAAGAUCUGUCAAAAAACAACCCGACCAGCAAGAAGGCAAGGAUUUUUUACGACGAUAUUGAAACGGAGGUUCUAAUGCUCUUCAACGGACCUACUAAUCUACCAUCGACUCCUUAUGAUGGGGUAAUAGCGAACUCACCUCAGACUAAAAAGCUACGUCUUUGCUAAGGCUGAUUUGGAAGGAGGAGCAUUAUUGGAUGUUAUUUGCUCCUAUGAGAAAGCCUCUAGCCAAUAGAUUUAUAGUGGAGAGAUCUCAAAACUUGCCUCUAAGAUUGGAAAGCUCUUCAAGAGCAACGGGUUCUGCCAAAGCAAAUGUGGAUAGUGGGUUUCGAAAUCUAAGGAAAGCUUCAAUUGGUUUUGUUUUUAGAGAUUCUGCAGGCAUACGUCUUUUUGCAAAGGCUAGUCAGGUCCAAGCUUCUUCUUCUUUGAUUGCAAAAGCCAAAGCCUUAUUUGAAGCAGUGAAAAUUGCAAUUGAUUUAAAUUUGGAAGUAGUGGUUUUUCAUUCAGACUGUAAAUCUCUAAUAGAAAAUCUUUUUGAUUGUGAUCUGAAUUUCCACCAUGAUUUGUUGGUUUUAUGCAUAGAUUUAAGGAAGCUGAUUCAAGGAAGAUCUUUUGAUUUUUGUUGGGUGCCUUGCUCUGCUAAUGGGGUGGCACAUAAGCUAACUAUCCAUGGUUUGUCUUCUCAGAGUUAUUUCACUGAAACCAAUCCUAGAUGGUUGGUGGACUUUGUGGUGUUUGAUCAAGUUAGUAAAGAACCUAAGUUUUCGACAGUAGUUGUUGUGUGUCUCCUCUUUUUUGUUUUUUUUUUUCCUGGUUAUGUUUCUCUUCCUUGUUUGUUGCAGGUGUGUUGUCGUUUCUUUUCUUGUGUUGCAAGUUUAGGUCUAUGAGUGUCUUGCUUUUGCCUUUUGUUGUAUCUGUUUCUGUUGUUCUCUUGUUUCUGAAUGAGUCGCUCUUUUCA